CUCGCAGUCACGUCUCACAAGAGAGGUACCUACCCUACCCAAGCCAGCGCGGCCCAGCCCAGCCCGGUCCCGUCGUCCACGUGCAGCACAGCUCCCCCCAUCCUCCCGCGCCGUAGCGUAGGCGUCCCAUACCCGCCCAUCGUCCGUAGGUCGUCGGCAGGCACGGGCACGGGGUGUGUGCGAGGAUCCACUCCGGGGCAGCAGCUGCGGCCUGGCUCUGGCUCUGGCUUCUGGCAGCUGCGACCGACCGACGACCGUACUACCCCAUGUUGCUGGUCCCCGCGUCUGUCGCCCUGAGCUCCAUCCAUCUCUCUAUCCUCCAUUUCCUCAAUUCCUCUCGUCAGCAUCCACCACGCUCGUGCGCUAUGCCCACCCUCCAACUGCCUUGCCGUACUAGGUACUCCACCAACCUCCCACUCACGAGCCCAACAAGCAACCAACCAACCACCCAAGCCACCGCCCUAGACCCCCCAGCACCCCAGCGCCCAGCUAGCGCCCUAGCGCCCGCCGGCCCAGCCUAGCCGCCGUGCCGUCCCUCGUGCAUAAAUAACCAAGCCGCGCAUGCAGCAUACAUAUCUGCUGCCGCGAUCAGCGCGGAUCCCGCGAGCCCGCCCUGCUUGCCUACCUGCCUACGUGCAUAGACACCCACACACAUCUUACCAUCUCCAUACACACUGCACGC